GGAAACCCAAUCCCCGCGAGGCCGCUAAGCAGGCCUACAACCGGCCUCACUUGACACCCAUGACAAGACAGGCACGACUUUGUGGCCGGGAUUUCAUGCAUGAUACAAGUUUUGCUGCAAAACUUUUGCAGCCCUUUCGUUUAUUCCCAACCUGAAGCUACUUCCAUAAUAUCAUGCUGGCGGAGCUCGACGAGCUUGAGGGCAUUGCGCGUAUCCCGCGUGAAAACGUACCCGUAAUUGCAAUUGCAAUUUGUCAUGCGUAGUUGUUUUCGGUACCAUAGUGCUACUCUGUUUAUGUUCAAUGCAUGACUCUCGAAAAGAUUCACUUCUGGAUCUGUCGUUCAGAAAUCCUCUCUGGACCACUCUGGGGUAUAGCAAGUAAGCAUGUAUUUCUAGGUACGUUUUCUUCAAGUGAUAACGCGGGACCGGUACACAAGGUCGGUGGUGA